CACUGCUCCUGACCUAUGCUGACACAUUUCCACUAUUUUGCAGCAACCAUAAAAAAUGGGAACAACAGCCUGAUGCUUCCGGGAGUGAAUGGUCAGAAUGGGAACAACGGUUUGAUGGUGCCUGGACUCAGUGGACAGAACAACAACACAGACAUUGCUGGCUUCUCCGAGGGUGACCUACUACUACAGGCUUUAAAUGGAUUUGUGAUGGUGGUGACCACAGAUGGUUUAGUUUUCUACACCUCUCCCACGAUCAAGGACUAUCUUGGUUUCCAACAGUCCGAUGUGGUGCACCAGAGUGUAUUUGAGCUCAUUCACACUGAUGACAGGGAAAUGUUCAGACAGCAGCUGCACUUUGCUCUAAACCCUCCUGAAGUCCCAGAUGAAGCUGGCUUGCAGGGUUGUGCUGAAAGUGUGUCCUACAACCCUGAUCAACUCCCUCCAGAAAACUCCUCUUUUUUGGAGAGGAGUUUUGUGUGUCGAUUCCGCUGCCUUCUAGACAACUCUUCUGGCUUUCUGGCCCUUAAGUUCCAGGGGCGACUGAAGUACCUCCAUGGCCAAAGUGUUUUAAGGGACAAUGGGACACGCAGCCAACCACAGCUGGCUCUCUUCUCCAUUGCUAUGCCUGUGCAGCCAUCAACCAUUGUGGAGAUCAGGGCCAAAAUGCUCCUAUUUCAAACCAAACACAAGCUCGACUUUACUCCUACUGGCGUCGAUGGACGAGGAAAGAUCAUUCUGGGUUAUUCAGAGAUAGAACUCUGCAUGAAAGGGUCGGGCUACCAGUUCAUACAUGCUGCUGAUAUGAUGUACUGCGCUGACAACCACAUUCGAAUGAUUAAAACAGGAGAGAGUGGUCUAACAGUCUUCAGGCUUCUCACUAAAUCUGGAGGUUGGAUUUGGGUCAAAUCCAAUGCCAAACUCAUUUUUAAAGGAGGAAGACCUGAAUUCAUCAUUGCUUAUCAAAAGGCUUUAGUAAAUGCGGAGGGUGAGGAGUACCUGCGCCAGAGGAGGCUGCAGCUGCCCUUCAGUUUCACCUCUGGGGAGGCCUUACUGUAUAACAACAGCCCCACAGUGGACCUGGCUCAGAUUCAGUUCAACAGCCAGUUUGGCAGCACCAGCAGCACUAGCAGCAUCAGUAGCCCAAAUGCAGUGUUCCCCGGCUCACUGGUGGACAGCUUCUUAAAACAAGAUCCCACUGUGUACUCUAAAAACAUUGAGGCGCCUCUGCCUGUGGACCAAGUGUUCAUGGACAGUCGAGCUCUGGUCACUGUGACCAAUGACUCCUGGCAGGAGAAUGGUGUCUCUCCCACAGCAGGACAGCCUGUAGUGGUCAAAGAGGAGGCCAAACAGUCAGUAAUGGCCAUAAUUGAUGGACUUGAGAAAAUGGCUCAAAACGGGAACUUUGCUGACAUGCUGCAGAAUGUGGAUGUGCCAGAGGAGGAGCUGAUUGAGUGGGAGAAUGCGCUGAAGAGAAUAAACCAAGAUGAUGGAGAUCUGCAGGGAGACGUCAGGGCUGAGCUGGACGAAGUGCUCACUAAUGAGAUUUUUGAUUAUAUUGACUCUGUGCUGUUCAAAGAAAAAGAUGAGACUGAUCUUAACAGCAGCCCUCCUAGUUGUCUGGCAGGAGUCAGUAAUAUGCCAGAUGCGGUCACAGCGCCACAGUUGUUCCAGAGUCCCAGCCCAGGCUGCGCCUUUUCCCCUGUGAAUGUUCUAUACACUCACCCGCAGAAGGCUGUGACCCCUCCAGCAUCAGCGCCCAUUUUUAAUGGCACCCAGCAACUAUGUCACCCGCCUCUUCUGCCUGACACCAACAUGCCCCCUCUGCAACAGCUGCAGCUGCAGGACAUUUUCAGCCCGUCAAUAGAGCUCCCAGAGCUCAGUGUGUCUGACGCCUCUGUCAGUGAUGCCUCGCUUAAAUAUGCUUCCAGGCAGACGUCCAACAGCCACAUGGGCGGCUCUCCAGGCAUCCCUGGCCAGCCUCAGCUGGGCCAGUCACUGCUUAGUCCUCAAAAUAAUUUGCAAGAACCCACCAUGGCAGGAAACAGACAGCUGCUGUGUGGCCCUGUGCAGCAGCACAACAGCCUGUCACCUCACGUGAUGGACAUUUUACCGCCUCUUGUUCCUUGCAAUGACUUAAAUUCCACUACAGCUCCAAACAUAACUGUUCCCUUUUCAACCAAGGGGCAGGGAGGCUCACACUUUGAACCAAUGCAGCAGGUUCAGCAGUGGCCACAGAGCCAGCAGCAGAGACUGCCCCACUGUGGCAUUGCACAGAAUGGACAUGAUCCCAUACCAGCGUGCCACAGUCUAUCUCCAGAAAGCCAAACAUUUCCACAUGCUGGCCACUUGCCCAGGAGUGUUAAUGGACUGAGCCACAUUCAGCAGCAGGGAGGGCUGGCAUGUGGCCAAACGGCUUCUCACAGCAGUUGUAUGUACAACCAGGCAUUUUCCUCCAGCCAAGCAGGGGGUGAUGGCUUUACCUUCUCUGGUUCUUUAAGUCUGAGUGACAGCGACUCUUCUCUGGACCAGACUGCUCCUCAGAACCCCUGCUACUUCCAGUGGAGACACAGUGAGCCUGGGGUUUGUGCAUUAGGCAUCAACCAGGAUAAUAAUGUCAACCCCAACCAAAUGACUUUCACAGCCAGCAUGCCCUCCACAGAGCAUGGCCUCAGCAUUCAGUCAUACCUGGAGUGCCAAAAACAGACACAGCAGGACAAAGCCGUCGCUGGAGAACACAAUAGGAGCUUCUUCUGCUCAGGAUGCAGUCACUUUGGGGAGUAGACCUGAGCCAUGUUGAUGUUUUGACAAGUCUAGUAGAAGGACACCAGUAUAGUUUGCCUGUAUCAGUGCUUACCCUCACAUUCUCAUGCUUACCCAAAUGUAACUAUCUUGUUCUGUGUUGUGCGGCCUUAUAUAUACUGCUCUAGCUUAUGUUAAAUGCUGUAGCUCGUCAUUUUGUCUGAAGAUACACUAUGAUAAUCAUGAAGUAUAAACCCACAAGUGCGUUUACAAAAAUGGAGCUUGAGCUUCAGUCAGCCUUGGUCAUGUGAGUGUAAACCACCAAAGAAAAUCACAGAAAUAUAUAUUAAAUACAUGCAGACGAUGUGAAUUUAUGCACUUAAGAGUUUCCUAUUACUCUACUAAAUAUAUACGUAUAUAUUAAUCACAAAAAAAAGUAGAGCAAAGCACUUCAGGUGCUGGAAUCCAAAGAUACACUUGUUACACCAUGUUACAGAACCAAAAUGCUGUAGUAGAAAGGUUUCUUUCACUAAAGCUAACGAACAAUGCAUGUACACAUGUUUCCCUAUUUUAGAGAUGGCAGCAUUAAUAAGGAAGCAUUUUGUUUUUGUCCACUAGAGGGCAGCAAAUACAUAUUACCUCAGCUUUGACAAAUCUUUAAAAAAUAAUUUGACAAAAAGUCAUUUUUACAGCAAAAUCAUUGAGAUUAUCUUGCAACCUUUCUUUCUUUAAAUUUUACUUCUGUGCAUCUUAUAUAGAAAUGUACUCUGCUGAUAUGUUUUGUUUUUAUGUGUCUAAACAGAAGGUCAUCUUUGACUUAAAACAAUCUUGUGUGCAGAAGACAUUAGUAAUACAUUUGAUUACAUGUGUCUAUGCCUGUGCUUUUAAUGUCACCUAAAAAGUCUAUAUUCAGAGCACAAACUGCCUGUCUGGUUGUUUCCAGAAUAGCAUGUUUUUGUGGAGCCCUUGUUGAAACCUAAGCCUUAACACCACAGACUACAGAGACUAGUGAAAGCACUUCAGUCAUGGGACAGUCCCUUGUGAAUGUACAGCAGUCAAAGAUCAAACACUUAUGUGUCUUAAAGCUUCAGUGCCUGUUUUAUACCAAAUCAUGAAUAUUUGAAUGUGAUGUCAUUCCUCUUUCAGACAAAACAUAGUGUAUUGUUCUUUAGAAAAGUUGAGAUAAUAAAUAAGAAAAUACAAACAUAUAAUAUAAUAUUAGUCAUCGCGCCACAUCAACAGCAAAGCAACAUGCUGUUUACAACCAGCAGACAGUGUAGCUUAUGAUGGUUUCAUUCAUGACAUUGUUUUUGUGCCAGACUUUGACUGAGGCUGCUGAGCAUAAGGAAUAAUGAUACAUGAAUCCAUGAGUCCACAUCCAAAAUAUAAACUAUUAAAAAAAGCAACACCAACAAAGUUGGGAUGGUGUGUAAAAUGUAUAUUGAAAUAAAAUACGAUUCCUAUGUAAAAAUGUAUGGAAAGUGAGAAAUGCCAUUGCAAAAUAACUGUGAAAUUUUAUAGUCUUUAAAAAAGAAAUAACCUACAAUAAUACAAAUUGCCAAUGUUGAGUCAAAAUGACACUGACAGAGACUUCAAAAAGGGAAAAUCGGCCUCGGUGCUGUCAGCUCCUCUAGUGUUGAUGCGCUGACCUUCAAGUUGAAACUUAGCCCUAACUAAAGAUGGAGAUAUACCUCCAUGAGCACUUAACCCAAUUUGCCUUCAGUAUAUUUUGAAAAAACAAAUCAAGAGAAAUUUAAUAUUCCUCACAGUAUAAAAUUUCUUGUGCCUUCAAGCUAAAGAGGCAGCUAAACAGCUCAACAUUUAAUCUUAUAAAACGUUUUCUGUCUCUGCUUCAUGUAAGUAUAGUUUCUGAUAUAUUUUCUAAAGCCUUCUCUAUGUAAUAAACUCAAUAAAUAAAAAUAGUGAUCAAGCAUAGCAUAAUGACCACCUGCCCAACAUGGGGCAGCUUUCUAAAAGAACCACAAUUCGAACUGCAAUUUUUGAAUCUGACAAGUAACUAGCAGAUUAAUUGAAGUGCUACGGUUUAUAAUUUUCAACACUACAUGUAACAGUAAAAGGUUUAGUCUGGUAUGAACAGCAUUAAUGUGGCAGCUUAACUGGACUCCUGCUGCAAUGUGGGAAAUCUUUCAGUAUUUGAACUUUUUGAAUCAUGCUGUAUCUACAAAUAUAUUAUGAAACUACUAACCUGAUGCAUGGACCUUAUUGAUGAUGUGCCUUAUACAGAAAAUCUCUUGUGGAGUUGGCCUAUGCAGGCUCAAGGAUGCCCUAUAAAUUUCGUAUGGACUUUAAUUUAGACACAAUGUGGAGCCAUUUUUUUCCUUUGUUGUAAUUUCUUUUCACAGCUAUGUGCCUUGACAAUUGCCAUAUUUCUCUUUCUUGUAAAAUAUUUUACUACAUCAGCUGAGUAUAAUCAAUGUUUAUUUAGCCUUGUAGUUAUAGUAUGUAUACCGUAAUAUAUGUACAACAAAUAACCACCAACUGUGUAUUGUUGUGUAUGCUUUUUCAUAAAUAUAUUUGUGCAAUGCUUA